AUGGACGCCUCCUCCUCAUCCGCCGCCUCCUCCUCCUCCUCCUCAUUCUCCUCCUCCUCAACAUACUCGUCCACCACCAGACAGUCGCCCAGCACCUCCGCCGCCGUCAUGGCGCCCGCCCCCGUCCAGGCAAAGGUGCCCUCGACCGAGCCCUUCCUCAAGGACUUUACCCUCGUCGCCGAGGCGGCCAAGCGCGCGCAAGCCGCCGUCAUGGUGCGCGACUUUGCCGAGAUGGGCCUUUGA